AUUGCGGAAAAAGUAAGGGUUGACAUACGUGAAUAUAGAGGAAUCCAAAAAUGUUUAUCCUCCAUUAUUUUUCAUACGUGAAAGACGUCUUGACGAACAGAAGGUAUAGAAAAGUGAGGAGAAAAAUGCACCAAAGCUGGUUAUUUACAGCGUUAAGUAGCCCCGGAAAUGGAUUUUGCUCAAUAUCGAAAGUAAAUAAGCUGUAGACGGCUUUAGAUGGAGACGUAUCUUAAUAAAUUGCUAGGAUGUCAGAGGAAUUCACAAAUACCUCAGUGAAUGAAAUUAUACUAACUUAACGAGCAUGGUUGAUGUAUAUGUAUACAACUGACCAGUAUUUCGACAUUUGAAGAAAAUGGCGACUCAAAAUAACAACACAACGAAAGCAGAAAAUCCCGAAGAACAGCGAAAUGAUCAAGAAAUUCAUGCUCCUAUCGUUGGCUACGAAAUAGUAGAAGCUAGGAAACGAUUUACAGUGUACCAGAUAAGUGUAACCUUGAGCGAUGAAAGAAAUUGGUUUGUAUUUCGCAGAUAUUCGGAUUUUGCUCGCUUGGAUGAAAAUUUACGUAAAUUAUUUGACGAUGGCUUUCCUGACAUUAGUCUUCCGCCUAAAAGAUAUCUAGGAGAUAAUUUUUCGGAUAUUUUUAUUGAAAUGAGGAAGCUGAGUUUGCAGCAUUACUUGGAGGUUGUUUUGGGAAGAGAAGAUAUGUGUUGGACACAACCUGUUGUGGAGUUCCUCUGUUUAGACGAUCCACCGGGCCCUUACGAUAGCUUACAAGAGAGUAGAGCAUUUAUAGAGAAUUUAGAAGACACAGUUGGAGAUUUGAAACAGAAAUACGACGAAUUGAGCUCAGAAUUACGGCUUGCUAAAGCUCAGCUUCGCUCAACGUUGUCUCACAGAAGGGCACUUCUAGUUGCAUUACGAGCAGAACGAGUUUUGAAUGGAAAACCAGCUCUCGAUAAUGAUGAUGUUGCAUUGAUGUCAGAGUACAAAGGGAACCCUGAAGUCAACCAACUUGACUUAAAAAAUUUUGGAAAAGAAGAAACGAUUUUGAAAUCUAAGCAAACUUCAAGAAAUCAUCAGUCAAGAUCUAGUGUUGCAAGUCAGUGGGAUCUUAGGCUGGCUUCAAGACAGAACUCUAGGGAAUCAAAUUCAAGUGAUACUAAUAACAGAAGGGCAAGAUCUGUCUCAGACCUGCCAAAUGCAUCACAGCGAAGACGAUCUUCAAGGCAUCUACCUUCAAAUGACUCUAAUAAUAUGUCUGUUCUGGAUAAGUUUAUGCGACAAAGCACUGAUGCUUUGCAGCAAAUACGACAGAGUGUGAGACAGAAACUUGGUAGAUGGGAAAAUGAAACGAACGACUGAAGAAGUGAGGUCAUUUGACUAAAUAAAUUAUGUAAUAUUUCUAGACAAAUAGAUUAAUUGAAGUACUUCUCGAUGGCAGAAUAUUUUGAACAGUAAAGUAAAUGGAAAGCAAAUAAAAUCAAUAGGAUAUAUUAACAAUAAGUACAGGUAAUAGGACUACAUGCUGUCCAAUUUGGAAAGUUGGAUGAAAAAAAAUUCCGGACUGACAAAAUUGGAAGAAGCCGACAAUAAUAAAUAGGUUAAUUAAUAAAUAUUUAGAUGACAGAAUAUUUGAGUUGUGGAAAGUAAAAUAAAUAAGAGGCGAAUAUAAAAUAGUAGGAAAAAAAUUAUAAGAUUAAUUCAUCGAUGGAAGAGUGUUUGGGUUGUGAGAAAGUAAAAAUAAACGGAAAGCGAGUAAAAAUGAUUGGAAAGCAGAAGUCUAAAAACUAACCAUGAUUACUUCUAUUUAUACCAAAUAAAUAAAACAUUUUAGCUGAA